CCGCACGCCAUGUCGCCCUCCGUCUUCAGCUAGCCGCUAGCUGCUGCACCUACCUUUUGCUUAGCUUGUAGCCUUGUACCCAUAUAUAUACACACAACGCGGCCGGCCCCCUCUCUCAUGCAUGCCAUCUUGCUUACAAUCCGGCCGGCGCAUCCGCUCACCGUCUCGACUCGGUCGACGUCCACCAGCGGCAUGGCGGCGAGCAAGGGAGCAAGGAAGAGCCUGGUGUCGAGGACCCUGGAGCGGUGCAGGUCCGGGCUGAACAGCGGCGGCAAGUCGUCGGCGGCGGUGGCGCCGGGGUGCUUCUCGGUGUACGUGGGCCCGGAGCGGGAGCGGUUCGUGGUGCGCGCCGACCGCGCCAACCACCCGCUCUUCCGCCGCCUCCUCGACGACGCAGAGCAGGAGUACGGCUACGCGGCGCAGGGGCCGCUCGCGCUGCCCUGCUCCGUCGACGCCUUCCUCGACGUGCUCUGGCACAUGGACCACGACGUCCAGGACGACGACGAUGGCGAGGCCGCCGUGGCCCCGUCGACGCCCAUAUGCGGCCUGCAGGGCGCCGGCAGCGGGAACAUCAAGGUCCGGCCGGCGGGGUACCGGGUGCUCAGCCCGGCCAAGUCCACGCCGGCUUCCUUCUUCUUCUCGCAGACGGCGGCUGGCGGUAGGAGGUGAGCUCUAGGCGCGCAGAGAUUUCAACAAGUGACCACCCGCUCUUCCGCCGCCUCCUCGACGACGCCGAGCAGGAGUACGGCUACGCGGCGCAGGGGCCCCUCACGCUGCCCUGCUCCGUCGACGCCUUCCUCGACGUGCUCUGGCACAUGGACCACGACGUCCACGAUGACGACGACGGCGAGGUCGCCUCGGCGCCGACGACGCCGAUUUGCGG